CUGUGGGAUGUUGGACCAGAACCUCUGGCCCUGAGCGUGGAUGGUCUGGCUGUCGAUUCCUGGAGGUGGAGCAGGGAGCGGCUGGGAUGCUGCAGUUGUGUCGGAUUUGGCAGGGAGACCUGUGAAAAAUGAAGGUGGACGUGUUGACUUGCCUUACUCUGAUAGCGGCCGGCUUUGUUGCCAUGGUGACCUGCGGCCGCAGCUCCAACCGCAGGAGACAGAAGGAGGUUUUCCUCGGAGAGAACAGCAAGUUCAAGUUUGGAGGACGCAUCGAUUACAAGCUGAAGAGACAAGACAGCACCAAGACACUGCUGAUAAAAAGUGAGCAGCUACUGAGGAUCGAAGAGCACGACUUCGCCCUGAGGCCGGGCUUUGGAG